UCUGUGUUUCCCUUACUGGGCAAUGGCGGCCUCCGACAAGAGUACCAAACAGAGGCUUCUCUCCGCGCUGGAUGAUCUGGAAGUGCUGUCCCGGGAACUCAUUGAAAUGUUGGCACUUUCUAGAAACCAGAAGCUCAACCAGCCCGGGGAAGAGAAUCAGAUUUUGGAUUUGCUAAUUCAGAGGGAUGGGGAAUUCCAGGAGCUUAUAAAGCUGGCGUUCAGUCAAGGCAAAAUUCACCAAGAAAUGCAGCUGUUACAAAAGGAGGUUGAGAAGCGAGACAGUGAUAUUCAACAGCUGCAAAAACAACUCAAAGAAGCUGAACACAUACUGGCAACUGCUGUUUACCAAGCUAAGGAAAAACUUAAGUCAAUAGAGAAGGCAAGAAAAGGUUCCAUUUCCUCUGAAGAACUUAUUAAAUAUGCCCAUCGGAUUAGUGCAAGCAAUGCUGUGUGUGCUCCUUUGACUUGGGUGCCAGGUGAUCCACGGCGGCCGUACCCUACAGAUUUGGAAAUGAGAAGUGGCCUGCUUGGUCAGAUGAGCAAUCUGCCCACUAAUGGCGUCAAUGGGCAUUUACCAGGGGAUGCGCUUGCCGCAGGAAGGCUACCAGACGUCUUGGCUCCACAGUACCCAUGGCAGUCGAGUGAUAUAUCCAUGAACAUGCUGCCGCCAAACCACAGCAAUGAAUUUUUAAUGGAAUCUCUGGGGCCAAAUAAAGAGAAUGAAGAUGACGUUGAAGUCAUGUCAACAGAUUCCUCCAGCAGCAGCAGUGACUCUGAUUAACUUUCAGUGGAAAGAAAGGCCGCUUUAUGAGAGCACGAACGUAAAAUUAUUUUGUGCGGGACAUAUUGGCAACCUUGCAGAAUUUGUUUUGCAUUAAUGCCAGGGUAAAAAAAAACGUACUGAUUUUGUUAUCAACGGAUGACAGUUUUGUAUAAA